AUGAACGGGGCUACUCCACGGUUGGACUGGAGAGCAGAGUUGGAUCUGACUGAAGGCUUGUAUCAAGACAGGUUCAGCGAGGGGACGCAACCCUGGGGUCAGGCAAACGGAUUGCACAUGGUCGCAACCGUGGCAAGGAUCGUCCAGAACGUCAGUCUUCUUGACAACUUUAGACAGCCGACCUGCUGUUUUGACGCCGUUAAGAGGGCACUCAUGGUGCAUUUAGACAUACUGGGCCGGAGGCUAUCAAACACCCUGCCCGAACGACGGGACGUAGAUGAUUGA